AUGUCCCAGAAACUCCCCUUUAAAGUUGCCGACAUCAGCCAAGCGGAGUGGGGGCGCAAGGCCAUCGCCAUCGCCGAAAAUGAGAUGCCGGGCCUGAUGAAGAUGAGGGAGCUGUACGGUGCCUCCAAGCCGCUGGCUGGCGCGCGGAUCGCCGGGUGCCUGCACAUGACGCUGCAGACCGCUGUCCUGAUCGAGACGCUCACCGAGCUCGGGGCCGAGGUCCAGUGGUCCAGUUGUAACAUCUUCUCCACUCAGGACCACGCGGCUGCCGCCAUUGCCAAAUCUGGUGUACCAGUGUACGCGUGGAAGGGCGAGACGGACGAAGAGUACAUGUGGUGCAUCGAGCAGACCAUCUACUUCAAAGACAACCAACCCCUCAACAUGAUCCUGGACGAUGGCGGCGACCUCACCAACUUGGUCCACACCAAGUACCCCAAGCUGCUCCAAGGCAUUCGUGGCCUGUCUGAAGAGACAACCACGGGCGUCCACAACCUCUACAAGAUGAUGAAGAAGGGUGAGCUGAAGGUGCCCGCCAUCAACGUUAAUGACUCCGUCACCAAGAGCAAGUUUGACAACUUGUACGGCUGUCGCGAGAGCUUGAUCGAUGGCAUCAAGCGUGCCACAGAUGUGAUGAUCGCCGGCAAGGUGGCGGUGGUAGCUGGCUACGGCGACGUGGGCAAAGGCUGCGUGCAGGCCCUGCGUGCGUUCGGCGCCCGCGUUAUCGUCACAGAGAUCGACCCCAUCAAUGCCCUGCAGGCCGCCAUGGAGGGCUAUGAGGUGACCACCAUGGAUGAAGCCUGCCUGGAAGGCAACAUUUUUGUCACCACCACCGGCUGCGAGGACAUUAUUCAGGGACACCACUUCAGCAGCAUGAAGGAUGACGCCAUCGUGUGCAAUAUCGGGCAUUUCGACUGCGAGAUCGACAUGAGCUGGCUGAACGAAAAUGCCGUGGAGAAGAUCAACAUCAAGCCGCAGGUGGACCGCUACCGGAUGAAGAGCGGGCGCCACAUCAUCGUGCUGGCUGAGGGCAGGCUGGUCAAUCUGGGCUGCGCCAUGGGACACCCCUCCUUUGUCAUGAGCAACUCCUUCACCAAUCAGGUUCUUGCUCAGAUCGAAUUGUGGACCAACACCGCCAAAUACCCCGUGGGGGUCUACUUCCUCCCCAAAAAGUUGGACGAGCAGGUAGCAGCGGCCCACUUAGACAAACUGGGCGUGAAGCUGACCAAGCUGACGGACAAACAGGCUAAAUAUUUGGGCCUUCCCGUGGAAGGCCCCUUCAAGCCCGACCACUACCGCUACUGA